AUGUUGCCAUUCGUUAUUACCAAAUAUUUGAUUGUUUUGACAAUGAUACCGCUGAACAACAAUGCUAACGCAAUACAGAGAUUCAUUAUUGAAUUAAAUGGUCAAAGAGAAAAUCAAUCUACACAAGCUCCACAGACUACUAACAUAUUGUUACAGCUUUUUGAGCUUCACCUUAGGGGUUUUCCUCAAAGGCUAUUGCCUAGUGUAGGCUCAUCACCUCAUUAUUAUUAUCAUCCUUCUUACAGUAGGUACAGAACAUAUGAUGGUUACUGGCUCUGUUCCUAUUACUAUUGUUGUUAUAGAUAA